AUGGAUCGCUGCAGUCAAGCGUUCGUCUCUGACAAUGUAUUUGGCGACAACACGCGGAUUCACCAAGGCAAUGUCAUAUUGCUAGUCACCAAGGCCACAUCAAUAUUACUGGCACUCAGGGAAAUCCCCCCUCAAGAUUUGAAGCUUGACUACUUGCCCGCUAGCUUCGACGCAGUGAAUAAGCAGCAUGUUUCGGGCUGCCUUGAACAUACGAGAGAGCAGCUACUCGCUGAUAUUCGGACGUGGAUUGACCAUAAUGGCGAAAAGCGCAUCUACUGGCUCAAUGGAAUGGCCGGUACAGGGAAGACUACUAUUUCUCUCACGAUUGCUCGCGAGUAUUAUAAAAAGAAGCAGCUGGGAGCAAGCUUCUUCUUUUCCAGAGGUGGUGGUGACCUUGCCUCAACGAAAAAGUUUGCGACUACUAUGGCCGUUCAGCUUGCUGAAUAUUCUCCGGUAUUACGACAGCAUAUUAUCGCUGCUGCUAUUUCGAACCCUAGAAUCAGCCAACUCGCCCUGUACAUGUAG